UGUUACCCAGUUCCAAAAUCAACUUAGUGAAGACAUCAUUAUUUGUAGAGAAUGUCAAAAGAAAUAUGGUGAUAUUUGGGAAUUUUUUGUUGGACAUCAAGUGAUAAGACUAGAGAAGUUUGAAUAG